CGCUCCUCCACUUCCUGAGAAUCCAGGAGAUUUCACCACCUCUCCCCUGAUUGGCUGAGCGGGGAGGGGGCGUGGCCUCGCAGGGAGGAACUCCGCACUGGGACUUUCUGAUGGAGGAGUUUGUCCCUGAUAGUUGAUGAUGAUGAAGAUCUCCUGGCUGCUGCUGCUGCCGGGGCUCUGCCGGGCCUGGCUGGCCGGAACCGGGCCGGAACCGGAACCAGGCGUCCCGCGGUGCCGGCCCCAGAACCUGACCCUGACUGGCUCGGACCGGAACCUCCUGCUAACGUGGGAAGAUCCCCCAGCAUGCAUUUCACUGCGCGACCCGCUCGUCUACGAGUUGACGGUUCUGAUGGAGGACAAACAAGUCCACCAGGAGGAGGUUGCCGUGGCGACGGCGCGGCCCGGAGCCCCGCACCGCUGGAGCUGGACGUCCCCCGUCCCGCUGGAGUGCGUCUCCCACUCCGUCCGGCUGAGCCGCCGCUACGACGGCGGAGCUCCGUGGGAGGAGACUCGGACGCUGCCCGGGCGUGGCGGCUCCAGGGCCGCAGGCGUCUUCCCCCGGGACCAGAUGUUCCGGGUGGGCAGCGAGGCCACGUUCUGCUGCGUCCCCGCCCCCGGGGAGACGUCCAGGGACAUGUACGUGAGCGGAGACUACGCUGCCCCGCUCAGCACCACGCGGCUGGGGAAUCGCAGCUACGCCCUCACCGUCCGCCUGGACCGGACAUCGCCGCGCUGCGUCGACGUGAAGUGCAGGACGGACCGCAGGGAGUACGGAGCCUGCACCUUCAUCUCUGAGCCCCCCCAGGACCGGGACCUGCAGUGUGAAACCAGGGACCUGGAGUCGGUUCUGUGCCGCUGGACUCCGGGCUGGGACUCGGACAGGACCGUCUACAGCCUCCUGGGCAGCCCGUGUGCCCCCCCGGUCGGCGGCCGCUGCUCCCAGGAGACGGACGUGGGCGUGGGCCGGCGGAACUGGACCCUGACGGCCCAGAAUCCCCUGGGAACGCUGGUCCUGCGCGACGUAGCCGAGCUAGCCCAGCGAGUCCGCAUGUACGCCCCGGUGGGCGUGGCCGCCGCCAGGGUGGACGCCCGCAGCGCUAGCCUGGCGUGGCGGUGGGCGGAGCCGCGCUACCGCAGCCUGGACCUCACCUGCCAGGUCAGCGCCGAGCACGGCCGAGGACCUAGCGUGGUAAGUUAG